AUGGGCAAGUUUUUCAUGAUCUCGCUCGCGAUCUUCGCGGCCACAGGAUCCUUCCUGUUCGGCUACGACAGUGGUGUCAUGACCGACGUGAUCCAAUCUCCCCAUUUCCUCACCUACUUCAACACCAGCAAGACCUCUCCCAUCAUUGGUGCCAUCAAUUCUACCUUCUCCGGUGGUGCCGUGUUUGGAUCCCUCAUGGGAGGGUUCACGAUGGAUCGGCUCGGCCGAAAAUGGACAAUCAUGAUCGGAGCUAUGAUCUGUUUUGUUGGUGCUAUCCUGCAGGCGGCGGCCGUCCACCUCGCGAUGAUGUUGGUGGGUAGAAUUAUGGCGGGAUGGGCUGUCGGGUUGAUGAGCAUGAGUGUACCGGUCUACCAGAGCGAGUGCGCGCAUCCAAAGAUUCGAGGUCUGGUUGUUGGUAUGGCACAACAGAUGAUAGGAGUCGGUUUCAUCGUCUCGACUUGGAUCGGAUACGGUGCUGCACAUGUUCCGGCGACGAACGCCUUCUCAUGGCGGUUUCCCCUGGCUUUCCAGACGGUGCCUUGUGUGAUCCUGCUGAUCGGUCUGCCGUUCUUCCCGGAAUCACCGCGUCACUUGAUGGAGCAUGGCGAGGAAGAUGAGGCAAUGAGAGUGCUCAACAAGCUGCACUACGACGGGACCAAUCAGGAAUGGAUCCAAUCCGAAUUCGAAGAGAUCCGAAGCACUAUUAGUGCCGAAAAGGCCAUCACUGCUCCUGGAUGGUUGGUUAUGUUCAAGGUUCCUCAGUGGAGAAACCGUCUGCUUCAGGCGACACUGGUUCAAGUGUUCACUCAGAUGACAGGGUAUGUUCUCCCAGCGUACACUUCCCGAAGCUCCGCUAAUAGCCCUAGUAUCAACGUCAUUGGUUAUUACCAGACCAUCAUGUACGAAUUCCUUGGCAUCACUGGUCAGAGGAACUUGCUCGUAACAGGUAUCUACAACUGCGUUGGACCUUUCGCCAAUUUGAUCUUCAUCGUCUUUAUCCUGGACCGUCUCGGCCGACGAAUUCCCCUCCUGGUCGGUACCGUCGCCAUCACCAUCGCCCUCAUCUGCGAAGCGGCCAUCAACUCCCAGAUCCCCCAACCCGUCGACGGAGAAGUCAUCGAGGCACAUUCGGGCGACGGCAAAUCGAUCGCUGGCGUCUUCUUCAUCUUCUGCGUCACCGUCAUCUUCUCGGGGUCCUUCGGCUCCAUCUCCUGGGUCUACAUGAGUGAGAUCAUGCCCAUGCAAAUCCGUGGCCGCGGCAGUGCCUUCGCCACCGGAAUUGGCAACUGGCUGGUUAGCACCAUCUGGAGUCAAGUGUCUCCCAUCGGUCUCGGUGCGAUUACCUGGAAGUACUACUUCAUCUUCAUCGCGUUCAACAUCCUGAUUACAUUCCCCACCAUCUAUUUCACAUUCAAGGAGACGAAGCAGAUGUCGUUGGAGGAGAUCGAUCUGCUGUUCGGUGGAAGGGCGCUCGGCACACUUCCAGAGGAUCUGGAUAAGGAUGUGGUGAGGGAUGGAUCGGUGACGUUCGUGGCAGAGAAGGAGACUAAGUUGGAGGCGUAG